AUGUCAAACCCUGCAUCUACAGCUGAGGAACCGCUCUCUCUGUUGGUUCAAAGAUGGCUGGACUGGGACCGAAACCCUGGGACACGGGCUGAGAUUGAACAGCUACAGGCAUCUGGUGCAACUGAAGAGCUAGAACAGCGACUUCGACAGCGUAUCCAAUUUGGAACAGCUGGCCUCCGCGGACGGAUGGCGGCUGGGUUCUCGUGCAUGAACACCUUGACCGUCAUCCAAGCAUCACAGGGUCUAGCCAAGUACAUCAAGGAUGAACAUCCUGACAUUGCAUCGAAUGGAGUAGUCAUUGGCCAUGAUGCUCGCCACAACUCGGCCAGCUUUGCUACUCUAGCAGCGAAUGCCUUUACUGCAGUCGGGAUUCCAGUCUGGUACUACAAGGACCCUUCUCUCACACCAUCAGUCCCAUUUGGUGUAACGUAUCUGCCAGCCGCUGCUGGCGUCAUGAUCACUGCAAGCCAUAACCCGGCGCAAGACAAUGGGUACAAGGUCUAUUUUAAGAAUGGCGCUCAAAUUAACACGCCCAUGGAUGUUGAAAUAGCCCAGUCGAUUGAACGUAACCUAGAACCAUGGCCCAAUGCUUGGAAUGACCUACAAGUGACAGAUAGUCUGCAUGCCGAAGCUCUUCAGACAGUUCUGCCUCAAUACACCCAGGCGGUUUGGAAUUAUGCCAGGUCUACCGUCGCUCAAUGGGCAGCCCCACGACCGUUCGUAUACACACCGCUGCAUGGAGUUGGGGGCCUGACCUUCCCCGACUUAUGCCGUUCGGUUGGAAUAACGGAUUUCGCCGUCGUGAAAGAGCAAAUAGAACCGAACCCUGAUUUCCCCACAGUCUCAUUUCCGAACCCAGAGGAGAGUGGAGCUUUGGAUCUGGCCAUGAAAACUGGAGACGAAGAGGGCAAGACUCUCAUAAUCGCCAAUGAUCCUGAUGCGGACCGCUUUGCAGCUGCGGAGAAGGUGAACGGAUCUUGGUUCACCUUCACAGGCAAUCAGCUUGGCGUGCUACUGGCAUCUCAUCUUUUUGACUCGCUCGAUGGUAAAGACACGAAAUCCCGUGUAGCUGUUCUUAACUCUGCCGUCUCCACGAGCAUGCUGGAAAAGAUGGCGAAGGCAAAGGGUAUCCAUUUUGAAGAAACUCUGACUGGAUUUAAAUGGAUGGGAAAUAUCGCUCGAAGACUCGAAGCAUCGGGGUAUUAUGUGCCAUUUGCAUUCGAGGAAGCUCUUGGUUACAUGUUCCCCGAUGUGUGCCAUGACAAGGACGGUGUUGCUGCAGCGAUGGUUUUCCAAGCAGCGGAGGCCAGAUGGAGGUCUCAGGGUCUCAUCCCAUACUCCAAACUCCAGCAACUGUUCGAGGACUUUGGCUAUCACGAGACACUCAACAACUACUUUCGAUCUCCUAGCCCUGACAUCACAAAGAGUUUGUUCCAAGCCAUCAGGAGUGGGCCUUAUCAGACCCAGAAAUCGCUUGGUCCGUUCAAGAUCUUAAGGUGGAGAGACAUGACGGAAGGCUAUGACUCUGGGACACAAGACCAGAAACCAGUGCUUCCAGUUGAUAAGAGCAGCCAGAUGCUGACCCUUUGGCUGGACCGGGAUGUCCGAUUUACAAUCCGUGGCUCCGGCACGGAACCGAAAGUCAAGGUCUAUAUCGAAAGCUGCGGCGCUUCUCAGGUACAGGCCGUAGAGGCGGUUUGUGACACCUUCCGUGCUGUUCUCAAAGAAUGGAUUCUGCCCUUUGCACCUUCAAUGACCUACAGCAAACAGCUUCCGACAUCCUCCGGCCAUAUCCUCAAGUUCGAGUAG